CUGCAGCCCAACAGUGAUAGAAAGAGAAGCGGACAGCCUCCUGCAGGAAAACCAUUCUGCAGACAUCCCCUCCGUUGUUAUCUGGCUCUGUAUGAUGUUUUCACUGCGCUUCAAGAUGAAUACCUUUAAGUAGUGCGCAUUUAUCUUAGAAAGAAUGAACACGAUGACCCGAUGUCUCCCAGGAUGAAAAGCCCACCCCCCUCCCUCGGGUAAGCAGACAUGUUGGAUAAAAGCAGUGAUGAAGGACAACAGGCUGUGCAGUGCUCAGACUGCGGCUGCAGUUUCAGCCAGACACAGCCUGACUCUGACUCUGAUUCAAAGGUAGCCACUGCUAAACAGCAGCCUGUGCACAAAGCAGACAGCCCUUCAAAAUGUCAAGCCUGUCAGGAAGGAAGCAGCCUCCCCAAUGGUCGACGCCCACACCGGCGCAUGCGCCUGGAUCCUCACAGCUGCAGCGUCUGCUCCAAAACGUUCAUAUCGUCUGCCCAUCUGACCCUUCACCUUUCCUCCCACAACAAAGAGAGGAAGUUCAGAUGCAGCACCUGCGGGAAGUACUUCCACCAGUCGUCCCACCUGAUGGCACACAAGUUAAUCCACAGCGGGGACCGGCCGUUUAAGUGCCCGGAGUGUGGCAAGACCUUCGGCCGUGCCUCACACCUGAAGACCCACCGCCGGCUCCACACCGGCGAGAAGCCCUUCAAGUGCACCUACUGUGACAAGUCGUUCACACAGAAGGCCGGGCUCCUCGCACAUGUGCGUCUGCACACAGGAGAGCGGCCGUACAAGUGUGAGCAGUGUGGUGAGGGGUUUCGGCAUCUGUCUGCCCUGCUCACUCACAAGGCACAAGAGUCGUCUGGGCAGGCCAAACCAGCUCCAGCUCCAGCGACCACUCAGCCCCAGCAGACACAAAGUAGCUCAGAGGAUCUGAAGUGUGGUGUCUGUUGCCGCACCUUCGUACGAUCAUCAUACAUAAGGCUGCACAUUCGCCUCAAAAAAGGACAAAGGCCUUAUCAUUGCAAAGUGUGCAACAAAACCUUCGUCAAGCUGGACACCUUUGUGAACCACUGUGAUAAACACUUGAGGCAGAAACGGGAUAAAAACAAAGUCAAAGACAGAGUUGUUAAACCUCCUCUGUUUGUGCCGCUCUCCAGGCCUUCUUCUCCAGAGUCCUCACCCCCUCAGCCUCUGUCCUCAGAGGUCAACACGCGCUCCAGAGCUAAAGCCAAGAUUAAAACAGAGCCUUGAACAAGAGGAGGGAAAGUCAUGUUCUGUCAUGUUUAAUGUCUUUUAAAAAAGAAUGGUUCAACUGUUGCUGGUAAAACAGAUGAAAGUCACGUUUACAAAUUCUAACAGAAAGGGACAAAAAGCUAAUUUGUAGUUAAAUUAUUCUGAAAAAAGUUGUAGUUUUAAUCUAAGAAUUGUAUCACAAAUGAUUAUUUAUCUUUGCAAGCACUGAAAUGGUGUAUUUAAUGUACAUUGAACCUCACACGGCUAAUUAAGAGAAACAUCUCUAUCGUGUGGAUUGUUAAAUUUCAAUAUAGAAAAAAAAAGUAUUAUAA